CUGAGCUCCUUAAGUAAGUGUAAUUUGAGAGAAAUGAAACUCAUUUCAAUUAAGCUUAUUCUAUUUGCUUUAGCUACAGUGGUCUUUCAAACAUCAAACACUAUAUGCCUAGAUGAACUGAUGAAGUCCAGUCUGCAGAGCACAGAAGAUGAUGAUGAUAAAUAUUACAAGAUUAAAGAUAUCUUGGAAGAAAAGCAGAGGAGUCUCAAUUUUGAAGAACUGAAAGACUGGGGAUCAAAAAAUAUCCUUAAAAUGAACCCUCCUACCAUAAACAAGAUGCCAAAUUCAGUUGCUAAUUUACCUCUUAGGUUUGGAAGAAAUUAUCCAGAAGAAAGAAGCAUUAAACCAAUUGCUAAUUUGCCUCUGAGAUUUGGGAGAGCUUUUGGAGAGAUCAUACCUAGGCGUGCUCCAAAGGUACCACACAGGCCUGGGAGAUCUCCACUUGUUAAAAGUUCCAGUCAGUCACUUCUAAAUUUUCCACAGAGAUUUGGGAAGUCACUGUCUGUCAACCUGCCUCAAGACGUGCAGGAAUCUGAACCAGGAAUAUGAAUUCUAACAGUUACGUUAAUACUGGAAUGAAAUAAUGAAGACAGAAUCUGAAAGACUUGCAAAAGCUGCAAUGUGUUUUCAAAACUAAAGGUCAUGAAAAAAAACCUAGGAGAACUGAAAUGCAAGCAUGGCUUCAUGUUAUGAAUAAUGCAUUUAUUCUGUACAAACCCUUGGUGUAUAAGGCAAUGACAAUUGUAGCGGCUGUUGUAGUAGUUUACUUCAGUGGCAGUGUAGUAUAAAUUCUGUUUACUUCUGUGCGACUUAUGUCCUGUUGGUUGUAAAACCUAAUUUCAGAACAAUGGUUGUAUAACUGAAAGCAUUUUCAGCAAAAUUAAAAGAAGCAUAAUAUGAAUAAAGAAGCAUGAUACAAAUAAAACAAAGUCUGCAAUAUGAAUAACAAACAGAAGCAGAAUCAAAACCACUGGUACUCUUUGUGUCAUAUGCAGCUAAAGAAAAAUAAGU